UUCGAUGGGGCACGCCUCUUAUUUUUCAAAGGAAUUCAAAGAACUGCACGGCAUGAACUGUGGGGUUGAGUGUGACUUGACACCCCCUGCCAUAGGCCAAGCCACAAGGGACGCCAAACGGGGCCGCCGCCUCGCCCUGGUGCCCCGGGGCCGCGGCUUCGGUCUCUAGUGGUGCGGGGCCGUGUAUUCGCGAGCUCUUCUGGACGCGGAAGGCGGGCGGGCGCAGGACCCGGCGGGGCAGCUACGCGGGGUCCUCGCGCACGUCUCACGUGGGUCCGAGCGAGCGGAGUGGCGGUCCCGGUUCGCGAGGUCUCGACUCGCCUCUCUGCCGGCAUGGCAGCAGCCGACGGAGUGCUUCCCCACGUUCCCGAGUCCCGGGCCGCAGUCCCCACGACGUCCUCCAGACCCCAUCCAGCCCAGUCGAGGCAGCAAGCAGCAGGCACCAGGAGAAAAUACCAAGCGUCCAGUGAGGCUCCGCCAGCGAAACGGAGGAGUGAAACAUCAUUUCUCCCGGCCAAGAAAACUGCUGCUAAAGAAACUCCAAGGACUUCUAAGGGGAAGGCACAGAAAACGUUUUCUUCCAAGAGGUCUUCAGCUGGUGCGAGUGAUGGAAACCAGGAACGGAAACCGGGCAUUAAGACGUCAUCCCUGUUUAAAAACAACCCUGAGAUUCCAGAACUCCACAGACCUGUAGUAAAGCAGGUGCAAGAAAAAGUGUUCACUUCAGAUGCUUUUCAAGCCCUGGACCUCCACCCACAUCUAAUUUCCACAAUAAAUACGGUCUUAAAAAUGUCUAGUAUGACCAGCGUUCAGAAGCAGAGUAUCCCUGUGUUGCUGGAAGGCAGAGAUGCUCUCGUGAGAUCCCAGACGGGCUCAGGUAAAACUCUUGCCUAUUGCAUCCCUGUGGUCCAGUCUCUUCAAGCAAUGAAACCCAAAAUACAGCGUGGUGACGGCCCCUAUGCUCUGAUACUAGUGCCAACAAGAGAGCUGGCCCUACAAAGCUUUGAUACUGUCCAGAAACUGCUUAAGCCAUUUACCUGGAUUGUGCCUGGAGUGUUAAUGGGAGGAGAGAAGAGAAAAUCAGAAAAAGCCAGACUCCGGAAAGGAAUAAAUAUCCUCAUCUCAACUCCCGGACGCCUCGUGGAUCAUAUUAAAUCCACAAAGAACAUUCAUUUUCGUCGGAUCCAGUGGCUGAUUUUGGAUGAAGCAGACAGAAUCCUGGAUUUGGGUUUUGGGAAGGACGUCGCAGUGAUACUCAAUGCUAUAAAUGCCGAGCGCCAGGAGCGACAGAACGUCUUGCUGUCGGCCACGCUCACGGAAGGCGUAACGUGGCUAGCUGAUAUCAGUUUACACGACCCAGUCAGUAUUUCUGUCCUGGAUGAAAGCCAUGACCAGUCAAACCCAGAGAGCAAAGCCAUCCCUGAAGCUUCUCCUCCACAAGCUAGCGAUGAGCUGGACAGCUUUGCCAUACCAGCGAGUCUCGAGCAGUACGUGACAGUGGUUCCCAGCAAACUGAGGCUUGUCUCCCUAGCGGGCUUCAUCCUGCAGAAAUGCAAGUUUGAGAGAGACCAGAAGAUGAUCAUCUUUUUCUCGAGUUGCGAGCUGGUGGACUUCCACUACAACCUCUUCCUCCAGACCCUGCUGAGUGGCUCAGGGGCCCUGGCCCCGGGUGGGUUGCCACGUGCCUCCACGCGGUUAACAUUCCUGCGGCUGCACGGCGACCUGGAGCAGGAGGAAAGAACAGCAGUGUUUCAAGAAUUCUCACGUUCCAAAACGGGGGUUCUUCUCUGCACGGAUGUUGCGGCUCGGGGCUUAGAUCUCCCUCAAGUCACGUGGAUUGUCCAGUACAACGCUCCGUCUUCACCUGCUGAAUACAUCCACCGGAUUGGGAGAACCGCCCGGAUUGGCUGCCGUGGGAGCAGCCUGCUCAUUUUGGCUCCUUCGGAGGCAGAAUAUGUCAACUCGUUGGCUUCUCACAAAAUCAAUGUUUCUGAGAUAAAGAUGGAAGAUAUUUUGUCUGUUCUGACAUGGGAUGAUUGUUUUAAAGGGAGACGAUGGGGAAGCCAGAAACCCCGCUCCGUUGGCCCCCAGGAAAUCCGAGAGCGAGCCACGGUCUUGCAGACAGUAUUUGAAGAUUACGUGCACUCCAGUGAGAGGACGGUCUCCGGGGCCAAGAAAGCCCUGCAGUCCUUCAUCCGGGCCUAUGCGACCUACCCCCGGGAGCUGAAGCACAUCUUCCACAUCCGAUCCCUCCACCUCGGGCAUGUGGCUAAGAGCUUUGGGCUAAGAGAUGCCCCUAAAAAUCUCACUGCCUUGGCCACAAAGAAGAAGAAAGCAAACCUGAAAAGGUCCUGCAUUUAGCCCCCACUGGCCCCU